GCCGCGCGUAUAAAAUGGUGGACUUUCUUCAAAGUGCCCCAUGGAAACACCAAUUUUGACUGGGACAGACCUGCGGAUAUCAUAUCAUUUGACUUGUUGACCCAGAGAUAGACUUCACAAUGCAGCAAGCAGCAGCAAAGAAUGCCAUGGCAUUCAAAUCAAAAUGUUUGGAUGUGAACUUUGACCUUGAGAACUCGGAAUACAGAGCCAUCCAGAACAUUGGAACAGGUGCAUAUGGAGUUGUUUGUUCAGCCGCACACAAGAAAAACUCUGAGAAGGUAGCCAUUAAGAAAAUACCAAAUGCCUUUGAGGAACUCACAACAGCCAAGAGAACCUACCGGGAACUGAAGAUUAUGCGGCACUUCCGUCAUGAGAACGUUAUCGGAAUCCGAGAGAUUCUAAUGCCAAGAGAACCAUUGAAUGAUUUCAAGGAUGUGUACGUGGUUCUUGAUUUGAUGGAAAGCGAUCUUCAUCAGAUUAUCCACUCUCAGCAGUCAGUCAGCAUGGAGCAUAUUCGCUAUUUCCUCUACCAGAUCCUCAGAGGGCUGAAGUAUAUCCACUCUGCCAAUGUCGUCCACCGUGAUCUAAAACCCAGUAACCUCUUAGUGAACGAGAACUGUGAAUUGAAGAUUGGAGAUUUCGGAAUGGCUAGGGGGCUGUCAGGUAAUGUUGACUCCAAACGUAAGAUGUUUAUGACUGUAUACGUUGCCACACGUUGGUAUCGUGCGCCAGAGUUACUGUUUUCAAACGAUGACUACUCGUAUGCAAUAGAUAUGUGGUCAGUAGGUUGCAUCUUUGCUGAGAUGCUUGGACGUCGACAGAUCUUUCCAGGAAGAAAUCCCAUGCAUCAGUUGACUCUCAUCAUCGAGGUGCUCGGUAUGCCACCAGACAAACUGCUCCGAUCGUCAAACAGUGAUCAGAUCUUUAAUUUCUUUCAUCGGAAUUUCGGUGGUAGAAGAUGUGUCAAUCUGAGAGAGAAAUACCCAAAGGUUGAUGAUAAUGGGUUGGACUUGUUAUCUAAGAUGUUAGUCUUCAACCCAGAGGACCGAAUCUCAGUCACUGACGCCCUCGCUCAUCCUUUUCUUUCCAAAUAUCACGAUCCGGAGGAUGAGCCGAAUUGUUAUCCUGUGUUUGAUUUUUCUUUUGAGCAAGAUGAUCUGAAUGCCCAGCAGAUGAGGCAGAAUGUUGGCAAGAUGAUCUUGAAGUACCAGAGAACCAAGCUCUUUGCCGGAAAGAAAUUUCCCAGCUCUGCUCCUAUCUUGAAACCAUCAACUGCAGUUACGGUCACUUCUGCAGCUAGACAGGAAACCAAAGGAGCUACUGCACAAACAGUCGCUGCAUCGAUUGAUCCUGCCAAAAACUUGCCAACUGCCAAUCGUGAAGAGAGCAUUCCAAACUCAGAAACCAAAAGUUCAACUGAAGACGUUGUCUUUAAAGUUCCGUCCCGCCCUGUUGAUGAAAAGAAGGUCGUAGCCUCUGAAUCAAAUUCAGACAAAGAUUCUCUUUCGUCAGUGGAGACUUUAACUGUCGUGGCAAUGCCUUCCUUGUCAGUCACAGAAGAUGUCGACAUGAAAAGUGCAAGAAGCUCAGCACAAAACAAUGCAAUUGCUAAAACACAAGAACUUUCAGGAGAUGCGUCAACGCUUGAGCAUCUGACUGCUCCUUCCAUCCCAAGAAGUUCAGGAGAUGUUGAGAUGAAAAGUGCCCACGGUGAGGCGAAACAACCCCUAACUGAGUCUAGUAUCACACCUUCCAGUACCAGCUCAUCAGAGUCUCUGGACAUUGAUAUGAAGAGUGCAAGAGGUCAGCAAGAAGAGACUGGUUCUGUUGCGGAUUCUUCACGUAUAGCUGCACCCGUUGAAGAAGCUGUCGGCAAAUCUGUAGAGCAGGCUCUGGUUUAUGAAAACGCAGGACAGAAAACAAUUUCAGAUGACACUAAGAAACUCAUCAAAGCUGCCCUGCUUAACUCUGCUUUGAAGAACAAAAUGAGAAAAGAUUCCGAGGGCGAAAAAGGUGGAGGUAAGAUGCCAAUAACUGCCCUAGCACGCCAACGAGAACGUGAACAGAAAAGACGCCAGAAGCUCCGUCGAUCUCAGGAGCGUCAGAAGAAAGGGAAGGGAAAGGGUAAGAAGAACGCACAAAACGAUGAUGAAGCCAAGUCUGUCUUGCUUACCGAAGAAGACAGGAGUAUGCUUGAGAGAUGGAACAAGAUGCAGGGUAAAAACAAGGAGCAAGAGUCCAACGUAGAUGUCAUGAAUGCUCCACAGAGUAUCGCAGAACCUUCAGUGAUUGUGACCGAACCAGGGAAGGAUUCCAACACUCAUGUUGACUCCAUUAAUGCCGUGACUUCCGUAGGGGUUUUCCAGAGUGCCCAACUUCCACAGGAGCCCCUCUCAAGCGAAAGUAAGGAACAAGAUGCAGCCCAAAGUGAGAUGGUCUCAAAGGGAGAAAUCCAGUCUCAAAGAGAAAUGGAUACAAAUAGCUUACUGUCCCAACCACAGAACACUCACUUAGUGUCCAGUUACAGCGGUACAUUCCCAUCAUCGUCAUUUUCUCUCCCUACGUCAUCGCAAGGGCAACGCCAUCAGCAGACGUCUUACAAGAUGCAGUCUUUGGCUGGAUCGGGGAACUUCACCGUUGGAGGUACAACACCUUUUUUCAGCCAAUCUCUCGCUUGUAACCCUACCCAGGUUCCCUACACCGGGAGCGAAGGGAAUAACUCUAACAAUGUGAACACAAGAGAUCAACCACACUCAUCAGCUGUUGAAGCGCUGUCGAGUAAAGCCUCCAUGUCCACCAGUAGUUUAACUACUCAAUACCUUAGUGGGUGUCCACCAGCAAUGACGUCACCCUCUGCAGACUCCCAGGCCAGUAAGAUGGACAAUAGCUUCCAGCAGUAUCGAUCACGCCACUACUCAGAUCGGGAGACUCCAUCACCACCUCACAACAUUCAGCAGUCUCCACCAGCUUAUGAAGAUGCCAUGAAAUCAAAGUAUACAACAAGUUAUACGAGCCCAACAGGAUUGCAAACAAGCUAUCCUUACAAGCACAACACCCACUACUUGAGCAACAACCGGCAGACUCUAAUGACUCAAGCUCUCCCACUAAACCCUCGUACCACCGCCUCCCCUCCAGAGCUAGCUCAUGUUAUCCACCAGCUAUCUAAGUCAGCUAUGGAAGACAGUCUACCACCAAUCCUUCAAGUUACGCCUAAGGGGAAUGGAACAGGGUACGGACUCAGCCUGGAUAUUGAAGAUUGGUUUGAAGAAAAUUCUUUAGGUUCUCCAAGAGGAGCAAGUAAGUUGGAUUCUGGGCCACUGUCUGCAUCGCUGCUCUCUGAUUGGUUAGAAGUCCGUGACAUGAACGUGGAUGACAUGAUGGCCGUACAGCAGGAGUUGGGUUUAACCUCACCCUUUAACCUCUCCGAUAUUCCUGGACUUGCUGAUUCGCCCAAGAACAAGGAUAGGGUUUAAGACAACUGCUCUGAAGGUUUUUAAAUAUUUUUUGUAUGCAUGUUCGCCCAAAACAAGGUUCAAAGCCACUCUUGGUAAAGGGGCUACUAGAAGAAAAACUCUUCAAUGUGAAAAGAGCUCGGGGAGCUGAAGGUAGGAAUUGAUAUUCCUCUUAAAACAGUCUGGAUUGUAGGAUGGAAGGAAACAUGUACCAGGCCAAGAGUUCCAAAGAGAUGCAGUACAUGUACAUGGAAUAAAGCUGUUGGAAUGGCUCAUCGUUCUACAUCUCAGCAAAUGCAAUACAUACAUUUAUAGAGCGCUUUACUCAUCAAAGAUGGAUGCACAUCGCUAAAAGGUGUGUAGAAAAUUAACCAAAGAAUACAGUUAGACAUGUAGGUCAUUAAGUAGGAUUUGAAACUUUGCACGGUGGGGUUAUAAUCAGGUGGGGUUUGUGGUAGCACCAUGUGUAAAUCUCUUUUGCGUAGAGUUGGUUCUGAGAAGCACUGAGAAAUACAUUUCAGUAUGCUAUGAUCAUCUUCACGAAGACGAGCAGAGAAUACUGAUCAAAAUGCUGAUCAGAGCAUACUGAUCAAAACAACGAAGACGAGC